AUGCCGCCUCGCCCAUAUCAUCGCGACUGGUCACUUGAGCCGGCGCAUCUACGACCGACUGGACAAGGUGCCAACCCCUUCUACGCCCAGUUCGAAUUCGUCGUCAAGGAGUUGAAGGAUUGCUUCCGCGACAUCGCCAGAGACAGGACCCCAGUUCUCACCCGCUCAGAAACAGCUUCAGCGGACCAGCGGGCGGCAAGCAGGCAUGCGCGUACGGGAGCACUCAGAGAGGCCGAUACCGAGUUCCACGAGUGGUAUGCUCCGCUACGCAAUGCCACGAUGACCUCAAGGGACUUCAAGCGCCUCUUCACACGAGUUUUCACAAACUCGGACGUGGACGAGCGGCCGGAGGCCAUCGCUGAGCUGGACGGCUGGCUUUCCCAUGUCAAGAGAAACCGGGGGAUGUAUCCUUCGCCGAAGUCGCUGCCGCCCUUGACUGAUGCCAAAGCAUUCCCUGUUAUCGCUCGCGCCCUGGAGCCCGGGGAACCUUUGCAGAUUGUUGACAAGUCUGCAUCGGCGGCGGAAAAGCGCCCUGUCCCCGAUGCUGGUCGGAGGAAGCAGUACGAGAGCGACGCUAGUUUCGCGCUUCGCGCGGCUCUUGCCAGUCAGGGCAUCAACAAGAACGGCAACCCUCGCCUUCCUCACGAGUCUUCGCUCCAUUCGCUUGCGGUGUCGCACCGCCGCCUCUCGCACCGCCAGCAAGCGAUCUACGGCAUCUCGCAGCGCGCCUUUGCCCGCGCCGGGUUCUGA